AUGGAGCACCUUGUCCUACAUCGAAACUCCUCACCACCUCACAGCUCAGUUGACACAGAGCUCCUGUCUCGAACUGGCUACACAAUACUGGCUGUGAUCAUGGGUGUCUUCUCCGUGUUGGGGAUCAUCUUCAAUGUCCUGGUGAUUGUGGUGACAAUAAGACACAGACAGCUUAGACAACCCCUCAGCUAUGCCCUGGUUAACCUUGCCAUAUGUGACCUGGGCUGUGCUGUAUUUGGAGGUCUGCCCACCACAGUAACCAGUGCCAUGGGAUACUUCAGCCUGGGACGUGUGGGCUGCGUGUUAGAGGGCUUUGCAGUAUCCUUUUUUGGUAUAGCAAGUCUGUGUACAAUAGGAGUCAUUUCUGUUGAACGCUGCAUCGUGGUGUGCUAUCCCAUGGGUGCUGUCCAGUUCCAGACCAGACAUGCAGUUGCUGGAGUGCUGUUGUCCUGGGUGUGGUCGUUUGUGUGGAACACUCCACCUCUGUUUGGCUGGGGAAGUUUUGAUCUGGAGGGGGUCAAGACCUCCUGUGCCCCUAACUGGUACAACCGGGAUGUCGGGAACAUGUCUUACAUCAUCAUAUACUUUUUAUUUUGCUUUGCUGUGCCCUUCUCUCUCAUUAUCAUGUCUUACUCACGACUCUUGUGGACCCUCCGCCAGGUGACCAAGCUGCAGGUGUCUGAAGCUGGCAGCACAAAUCGUGUGGAGGUCCAGGUGGCACGUAUGGUAGUAGUGAUGGUGUUGGCCUUCUUAGUGACCUGGCUGCCAUAUGCUGCUAUGGCCCUUGCUGUCAUCAUGGACUCCAGUCUUUAUAUUGACCCCAUUGUCACUACCAUACCCGUUUACUUGGCUAAAAGCAGCACCGUCUACAACCCUAUCAUAUAUAUUUUUAUGAACAGACAGUUUCGAGGAUAUGCCAUUUCCACUGUCCUGUGUGGAUGGAACCCGUGGGCCUCAGAUCCACAAAUAUCUGAGGGCGAGACCACAAUUGCGUCUCUCAACAAGAACCAAAAAAUCUCACCUAAAGAAUCUGUAAAAGAAUAAAAAGCUACAUGAAUCCUCACAGCCUCACUUCUGUGGCAGCACCACAUCAUCAGAUCUUCUUCCAAACA